CUCUUUUCUUCUUCCGAUUCUCCUUCCGCCGCGACUGUGUAAUCAUGAGAGGAGUUAAACGCGCCGCCGUCUCCGAAUCUAACGAAUCUCCCUUUAAGAAUGCAAAACCAGUGGAAGGAAUCUUAUUUGGUAACCAGAAGAAUCUAGCACUGAUCCAACAGAGUCUAUUAACACCAGCAUCAUUGGAUAAACAGAGAGCUGAGUUAGCUAGGAAGCAUGUGAGAGCUCUUAAUAACCAAUUUGUAAGUUGGGUGCAGUUACAGCUGAAGAAUCAUCCUGAUGAACUUUGGGAAGAUGGGAUGAAUGACUACAUUGCACAUGCGUCAAACAUUCUGGAAAAGUUUAAGGAUGUGGUCAACUGGCUAAAAGAAAAUAAGGGAAAGGGGGAGAAUGUAUCCCCUGAAUCUCGUGGAGCAGAGAAGAAAUUAGUGGCUGAAGUCAAGAAUAGUGAUGUUAAUCAAGCAGGAACAAUAUCUACUAGCCAACCUUCUUAUCAAUUUUCUAAUAAUCAACCCCCUUUUACAUCUGGAGUAACUCCAGUGUCCAUACAGGCAAAGCGGGAUUCCACAGAUGAUGCGGACGAAGACGAACAACCUCAACCGAGCAGCCCAUCUGUCAAAAAGGCUGAAGAGAAGGGUGUUACUGUGGUUCAUGAAGUCAAAUGCAAACUUUAUGUCAAGUCAAAUGACCCAACGGAUAAAGGGUGGAAAGAUAAAGGAACUGGGAAUCUCUACAUAAAAUGCAAAGAAGGCGUCGACAAGGGGACAAAAGAAUCAAAACCCACAAUUCUUGUCCGAAACGAUGUUGGAAAACUGCUUCUGAAUGCACUACUGUACACGGGAAUCAAGACGAGCACACAGAAGAACGCCCUUGUUGCAAUAUUCCACUCCUCGGAGGAUUCUAACGAGAAUGUAACACCGAGAACCUUUCUGAUAAGAACAAAAACCGCAGAAGCUAGAGAUAAGUUAGCAACGGCCAUCCAAGAAUACGCCCCUUCUUCAUAGAUUGCCCAAAGCCAGGUUGAAAUCUUCACUGUACCUUUUAAAAGACUGUAUUGAGUCGUCCUCUCUCUAUAUUUUUUUCCUUGAUUUGUAAUAUUAGGAAGGCUCUUAAGAUUAACGUAAAGCUUGAUAAAGGGCUUAAAAAUGU